AUGGAAGUCAUUGACGGCAAGGCAAAGUUCGUUGUUGAUCGGUGGAUGCUGGACAAAAAUGAGGGGGGAGGUAUUUCGCGUGUGCUUCAGGAUGUGGAAGUGCUCGAAAAGGCUGGGGUCAACAUCAGCGUGAUGACUACCACCCUCUCAGAAGCUGCUAUUAAACAAAUGAAGGAGAGGUUUGUGCUUGUGCUUACGCAAUCACUGGAGCAAUUCCCCCACCCACCUCACUCAUUGCAGAUCGAAGAACUUGGAGCGGUGGCAAUUGCAAAUUCACCGCCGUGGGCAUCAGCUCCGUAA